AAGUCAGUCUCACUCUGUGCCUCCUGCUGGCUCCCUGUGACCUGGUGCUAGUGGCGACCAAACGCACUGAGAGAAGGCCUGGGAAGGGUUAAAGCUGCUGGCUGCCCAACGCAAAGCCAGGCCAGCCAGACUCCUCACUGGUCGAUUCGCGGCUGGCAGGGUUUUGUAUCGUGAUCCUGGCUUGGAGCGCGGACUCCCAGCGAAGGGAGCAUCAGGGACAGGCCCAGAGAGGAACUGAGCAGAGCUCUGCUGCCUAGAGCCGCAAUCACAGCCUACGGCUGCCUUGGGCAGAGAGGCUCAAGCUGCUGGACGGUAACGGUGCAACAAGAGAAUACAGAUGCACAAAGUAAAGACAAACGGUUGAGAUGAGCCAACUGAGGGACGGGGUGAAGACAAGAGUUCUCUGCUCUUGAGAGGGGCAGCGUGGGACCCUGCCAAGCCUCUGACUAAGAUCCCAAGUCACGGAGCUGAAAGCAGUUCUCAUACAGCAGCGCCCCCUCACCAGGGAGAAGAGCAGAAACAAGUAAAUCACGGUGGCUCUUUCCUUCUCUAGUGCUUCCUUCCAUUGAAGGGUCUUGUGGGGGAAACCGAGGCACGUACUCGGGACAUGAUUUUGCCCAAGGUCACAGAGGAAAUCAGUGGCAGAGCAGAGAACAGACCCCAGAUGUUCGGGGCUCUCCUGCUCUAAACAGACCCACUCCUGAAAAAUCAACUGACAAGUUUAUAAAAAACAGAGCAAAUGAGCCAGGUUCCUGGGGUGCCCCUGCCUGCACCCCUGAGUAAGAGCGAGCCUCACCAAUGCACUCCAGCUUCCUCUGCGGGCAGCUCUCCAGAAGGAUCAGCCCCAGCUCCUGCACCGCUGUGCUGAAUUGGUAGAGCCCUGAGCACAGGAUAUUGCCGACUCUGCCAUGGGAAGUUUUCCUCCCGGAGCUUGCGGAAUGCUUUUGGGAAGGUUCCUGUAAUGGGAGAGAACUCAGAGAAGCAACGACGUGUGGAUCAAGUGUUCUUCACAGAUUUCCAGCGACUGGUCGGAGUAGCAGUCCGACAGGAUCCUGCUCUCCCGCAAUAUGUCUGCAAGAAAUGCCAUGCCCAGUUUUACAAAUGUCGCAGCAUCCUCAAGACGUUUAUUCAGAGGGUGAAUGCAUCUCCCACAGGCCAUAUAAAGUCAAAAGGAAAGAACAGCGAUGUGCAGCCACAGCCAGAUGCAGAAGCCCCCUGUUUGGUAGAUCUGAUCACAUCCAGCCCCCAGUGCCUGCAUAAUUUGGUUACGUGGACCCACAACCAUGCAGGGAACUGCCAGUCUGUGCCAAGCCUGCAGAGUGUGUUAUCUUCCGAGUACUGUGGGAUAAUUCGAGCCGUGUGGGGCUGUGGAAACAGGCAUGACUAUGUUAUGGAUACAGAUUCUGAUUGCAGCACGGUGCUAGUCGAUAAUGCCUUGUCCGUUACAUGGGAAUGGAACAAGAGCACAGCACAGCGUUUGACUGACAACGGGGCAAGUGCAGACAAUGCGGGGGCUGCCUCUGCUCCCAGGCCCCAGCUUACUCCAGCAAGGACAGUCACUUGCGAGCAGCCAGUAAACAAAGGGACCACAUCGGAGCCACUAGGCGCUGAGAAUCAGUUGCCACACAGCAGGAAUUCAUCUCAUUCACAAGAGGACAGUCCAGUCUCUUUACAGGAGAAAAGUCUGCCCCAGUCAGCCUCUCCACUGAGCAGUGCCCCAGGACAGUUGAGUGGGAAGCAGGUUCUGUCUUCAACGUCGGAUGAGCGGGUAAAAGACGAGUUCAGUGACCUUUCUGAGGGAGACUUCUUGAGUGAAGAUGAGAAUGAUAAGAGAAACGUGCAAUCUUCAGAUGACUCCUUUGAGCCUUAUCCAGAAAAGAAGGGGUCCAACAAAAAGAGUGAAAAUAAAGAAGCGAAGAAGGCCGAAGAGCCCAAAAUAAGAAAGAAGCCAGGACCCAAGCCAGGCUGGAAAAAAAAGAUCAAAUGUGAAAGGGAGGAGCUGCCUACCAUCUACAAGUGUCCUUACCAGGGGUGCACAGCUGUGUACAGAGGGGCUGAUGGCAUGAAGAAACACAUAAAGGAGCAUCAUGAAGAAGUGCGGGAGAGGCCUUGUCCCCACCCUGGCUGCAACAAGGUGUUCAUGAUUGAUCGGUACCUACAGCGCCAUGUGAAACUCAUUCAUACAGAGGUACGGAAUUAUAUCUGUGAUGAAUGUGGGCAGACCUUCAAACAACGCAAACACCUCUCAGUUCAUCAGAUGCGCCAUUCAGGAGCAAAGCCCCUCCAAUGUGAAAUCUGUGGUUUCCAAUGCAGGCAGCGAGCGUCUCUCAAAUAUCACAUGACCAAACACAAAGCUGAGACCGAGCUGGAGUUUGCCUGUGACCAGUGUGGAAAGCGUUUUGAGAAGGCCCAUAACCUUAAUGUCCACAUGUCCAUGGUGCACCCUCUGACCCAGACUCAGGACAAAGCCAAGCCACUGGAGCCUGAGCAGAUUCUCAUGUUGAAUCCUUCAGGGACUGUGGAAAGCCAGGCUGUAAAACCAGAACAGACUGCACAACAGGAGCCUACUUGAAGGGCUGCUGGAGGUGUGUACUGAUCCAGCCUUGUAUAAACCAUUCAGCGGUGGGGAUUUUUAAUAUACAUUUUAAUAGAGUC